GAGUUCUUUCCUGUGAGCAAGAGGAGUCCGGAAAACUUCACAGCCACGUUCAAGGCACAUGGCAUCUCUCAGCUGCUGGACUACCAGAAAGCACAGGAGGCAUCGAGUGUCAAGAAGGAUCUCCAGCAGCAGGUCAGCAACAUGCUCAAGAACGAAGUACCAGUCAAGGAGAUCAUUCAGAGUGUGAAGGAAUACAUGACCAAGUACUCACUGCCCGAACACGAUGUGGCUGUGCUGCUGUGGACAACUCAGAUGUCUGGCAUGGAUUGGAACAAGAAGGAAGAGCUAGUGGCGGACCAAGCAUUGAAGCAUCUGAAGCAGUACACUCCUCUGCUGGAAGCUUUCACGACCACUCCACGUGCGGAGGUAGCGCUGCUGGUCAAAGUCCAGGAGUUUUGCUACGACAACAUGAACUUCAUGAAGGUGUUCCAGAAGAUUGUUAUUCUCUUCUACAAGACGGAUGUGCUCAGUGAGGACUCUAUCCUCAAGUGGUACAAGGGCGCCCACUCACCCAAGGGCAAGAGCGUGUUCCUCGAUCAAAUGAAACGCUUCGUCGAGUGGCUCCAGAAUGCCGAGGAAGAGUCUGAGGGGGAGGACUAAAAGGUGUACCUUGCAUGUGGCAAAGCCCAGCGAUGUUCUUUACUGCAACCCUGCCAGUCAAGCACAAA